AUGGAAGAUCGGCGUCCAACGGCUGGCACUCGCAGUGCGGCUCUUUCGGUCCAGCGCAUUCGCGGGGAGGAUCUGCCACUUACCUCGGUUCCACCACCAGCAUGGGUUGCUCCGCUGGCCACCGCGCCCACAGUUCUGGCAGUUCCGCCGACCUUAGCUGCGAGACCUGCCCAGACUGCUGAAGCUUUCUCAAUGAUGCAGGAGUCCGCGACCACACCGUGCCGAGCAUCGCAGACAUCGCAGCAGUUGGCCAUGCCUGCGCUCCCCGCGCUGGGCCUCCUGGCGACUGGUGGCCCGAUGGCGUUUGCGCAUGGGAAGUGUGGGACCGUUUCUUCUUCUGAUGAGUCUGGGAGUGGCAUGGAGGAUGCCUCGACGUCUGAGAUCUCGGAUAGCGAAGUGUCAGACUCCAGCAGCUCCGAAAUGGCAGUCAGCGCGACACGGACGGUGAUGACGCGAAGUGCAACGAAACUAGCUCUUAUGAGGCACAAUCUUACCAACGGUCGGCGUGUGUUGGGCAAGACGCGCUGCCGAGUGUCGGGUUCUCUACUGCUGUUGGGGCUGAUUUGUUCCGCGUGUGUGAUCUUCGAGUUCAGCCGCCAAGAGAUCCUGGAGGAGGCGAAGGAACUGACCGCGGCGAAAUACUUCGACCAGGCAAUCUUCGGAGUCCUCCUGUAUCUCUUUCAAAUCGGCUUCGUAUGCCUUGCUCCCCUCGCGGAUGACAUUACCCUGACGCGACUUGCAUUGAUGCAACUUGGUCUGGUUGCGAUGCUGGCCGCUGUCUUCCUCGUGGGACCGACACUGUGGCAAACCAAUGAGAAGCGGAGAACUGGUGAAUGCAGUAUGUACGGUUUUGAAAUGCCAACUAUUGGCUGCGAAAUGAGCCUCGUUCAGGUCUGCUUGCGAAUGGCAGCACUGGCAUUCGUCGUCGUGGCGAACUUCCUUGUUGGUUUGCUUCAUGAUGUAACACGUAUGCAGAGGAUGAUGUGGUUUAUCAUUUCGCUGUUUCUGUCGAUUGAAAUCCUGGCUGUGCUUGUCAAAUGCAUUGCAGUCGGUGUACUUAUCCAGAGAAUCGACCCGAUAAGCAUGCGCCUGGUCGGUAUGAUUCCAUCAAUGGCCAUCGCGCGCACGAGACAGCUCCGCAGCAGCAUUCAGGGCUCUGUUGCCAACUUCUUCUCUUACCGGGAGAACCGCGCUGCAGCGGCGGGGAUUGCCGGUCUAGUGGGCAACUGCUCCAUCCACGAGGUCAUGACUCAAGCCAAAAAGCGGUUUCGCUGUGUGGACUUCUCCAGGCUUAGUCAAGACGAGCUGGCAAACAACAAGCCAAGUCCACAAGUCUUCCAGCUCUCGCGCGGCUUCAAGCUUGGAACAUGUGAUGCCUUCGUCUCCCACUCUUGGCAUGAUGAUGCUCCUGCUAAGUGGGAAGCGCUGAGCUGGUGGAAGUCCAAGUUCGAGGAGAGCAGGCAGCGUGCUCCCAAUAUUUGGUUCGACAAGUGCUGCAUUGACCAGAACGACAUUGAGGCAGACUUGCGGUGUCUGCCCAUCUUCUUGAGCGGCUGUUCCGAGCUGGUCGUCUUUUGCGGCCCUACGUAUCUAAGUCGCUUGUGGUGUAUCGUCGAGCUCUUCACUUUUGUUCAUAUUGGAGGCAAUCUUCACGAGAUCAACAUCAUCCCUGUCUUGCGACGUGGCCAUGAGCACGAAGAUCGGCAGAAGCUCAAAGCGUCAUUCUUGAACUUUGACGUCAUGGAUUGCGACUGCUUCAACCAGGAAGACAAGGAGAAAAUGCUGGACAUCAUCCAGACUGCUUUUGGAGAUCUGGCAAAGUUCAACGAUGCCGUGAAGGCAAUUCUGGAUGAUAUACAAUGGACAAGUGUCUUUGAAGAGGAGCGUCAGUGGAAAGACCCAUUCUCAGAAGUGCCUGCAGACAGCCCUGUGCCUUCUGUCCCUCCCGCCCGCAAAUGGCGUUGGCCUUGA